AUGAAAUUCUCGAUCGUCACAUAUCACCCAGUCGCAACUUGGAAAUGGGAUACCUCGACCGAAGAACACAAGUUGUAUCAUUACGCUCAUCCUGGUGCCGAAGAAGAAGAGGAAGAUGAAGAUGAGGAUGAUGACGUUUGUGGAAUAUGCAGAUUGGUUUUCGAGAGUUGUUGUCCGGAAUGUAAAGUUCCAGGGGAUGACUGUCCGUUGAUAUGGGGCGAAUGUACUCAUAUAUUCCACCUUCACUGUCUCUUGAAAUGGAUCGAGACAGAAUCCUCAAAAGGACAAUGUCCGAUGGAUCGGAGACCGUGGGUCACCGCGGAUCGUAAACCGGACAGA